AUGUAUGGGAGUCGUGUCUCGUGGAUCCGCCGAAAGGACCUGCAGCUGCUGUCGGUCGGCGAGAGCAUGUACACCAACGACCACCGCCUCUUCGUCUCCCACUCGCGACACUCCCACAGCAAGGACUCCAGACACUCACAGAUGUGGUUCCUCCACAUGAUGAACGUGACGAAAGGGGACGAGGGGGAGUACGAGUGCCAGGUUUCGACGCAUCCACACUUCUCCUACUACACAGUCCUCAAGGUUCAGAACGCCUACAGCCAGGUGGAGGGCCCCGGUGAGCGCGUGGUGGCUGCUGGCUCUGGUCUGCGGUUGGUCUGCGUCAUCAAGGGAGCCACGGAGCCGCCAGCCUACAUCUUUUGGUACCAGAACGAGAGGAUGGUCAACUUCGACGCCAGCAGGGGGGUCAAUGUGACUUCCGAACGGGACCGCAGCGUCCUGACCGUCGGCGCUGCCUCGGACGCCCACGCGGGGAACUACACUUGUCAGCCGUCGAACGCGUGGCCAGCGUCCGUCCUUGUGCAUGUUGUUGUUGAGACAACGGAGUCCGGCGCCUCGAAGGGCCCGAAGGUCGGCGGCAAGACCCCCGUGCAGCUGGGAGUGAAGAGCGCCUCCUCGGACGGCCCUCGGAUUCUACCUCAGACGCUGGCGCUCUUCCUGCUCGGCCUGCUCCUCGACGCCCUCACGUUCCCAAGGGUCUUCCACACUAGGUUGUAAGGCGUCGCCUGAGCUCGCCAGGUGUUGUCUACAGCCAGAUGCCUCGCCUGCGUCGGGGGGAACGGCUGCCGCUUCCGGGCGCGACCGAGGCCUGUGUCCUCCGUCAGUAGGCGAAAGGUCGUGCUCGUCUCCUCCGCCGUGAGGGC